UGAGGAGGAGGAGGAGAAAAAGGAGGAGGCGGAGGGAGGAGGAGGAGGAGGCCCCGUCGCGGCCUUCGCCGCCGCCAACGGGGCUGUCCCUGUGAGCUCCCGAUGGAGUUUGAGGCCGUGAAGCCGCCGCCGAGCUCUGCCGCGGCGAGACGAGGCGCCUCCGUCGCCGAGCCGCGCCGUCGCGGGGCUCCCGGGAGCGGCGCUUAGCGACCCCGCCCGGGCCCCCUCAGCUUACAAAACACUACACAGCAAAAUAAUGAUCUGCUAGACUGCUAACCCGAGCAUCCAGCUUCCACAAUGCCUGUGCAGGCAGCUCAGUGGACAGAGUUUCUGUCCUGUCCAAUCUGCUAUAAUGAAUUUGAUGAGAAUGUGCACAAACCCAUCAGUUUAGGUUGUUCACACACUGUUUGCAAGACCUGCCUGAAUAAACUUCACCGAAAAGCUUGUCCGUUUGACCAGACUGCCAUUAACACAGACAUUGAUGUGCUUCCUGUCAACUUUGCACUUCUCCAGUUAGUUGGAGCCCAGGUACCAGAUCAUCAGUCGAUAAAGUUAAGUAAUUUAGGUGAGAAUAAACACUAUGAGGUUGCAAAGAAAUGUGUUGAGGAUUUGGCACUCUACUUAAAACCAUUAAGUGGAGGGAAAGGUAUAGCUAGUUUGAACCAGAGCGCACUGAGCCGUCCAAUGCAAAGGAAACUGGUGACACUUGUAAACUGUCAGCUGGUGGAGGAAGAAGGCCGUGUCAGAGCCAUGCGAGCCGCCCGUUCACUUGGAGAAAGAACUGUAACAGAGCUGAUAUUACAGCAUCAGAACCCUCAGCAGCUGUCUGCCAAUCUGUGGGCUGCUGUCAGGGCUCGAGGAUGCCAGUUUCUAGGGCCAGCUAUGCAAGAAGAAGCCUUGAAGCUGGUAUUAUUGGCAUUAGAAGAUGGCUCUGCUCUCUCAAGGAAAGUUUUGGUACUUUUUGUUGUGCAAAGACUAGAGCCAAGAUUUCCUCAGGCAUCAAAAACAAGUAUUGGUCAUGUUGUACAACUACUCUAUAGAGCUUCUUGUUUUAAGGUUACCAAAAGGGAUGAAGACUCUUCCCUGAUGCAGUUAAAGGAAGAAUUUCGUAGCUAUGAGGCAUUACGCAGAGAACACGAUGCCCAGAUUGUUCAUAUUGCCAUGGAAGCAGGACUCCGAAUUUCACCUGAGCAGUGGUCCUCACUUUUAUAUGGUGACUUGGCCCAUAAGUCACAUAUGCAGUCUAUUAUUGAUAAGCUGCAGUCUCCAGAGUCAUUUGCAAAGAGUGUCCAAGAGUUGACAAUUGUUUUGCAACGAACAGGUGACCCAGCUAACUUAAAUAGACUGAGACCUCAUUUAGAGCUUCUUGCAAACAUAGAUCCCAAUCCAGAUGCUGUUUCACCAACUUGGGAGCAGCUAGAAAAUGCAAUGGUAGCUGUUAAAACAGUGGUUCAUGGUCUUGUGGACUUCAUACAGAAUUAUAGUAGAAAAGGCCACGAGGCGCCUCAGCCGCAACCAAACAGCAAAUACAAGACUAGCAUGUGCCGAGAUCUGCGCCAGCAAGGAGGAUGUCCUCGAGGAACAAACUGUACAUUUGCCCAUUCUCAGGAAGAACUUGAAAAGUAUCGAUUAAGGAAUAAAAAGAUCAAUGCGACUGUAAGAACAUUUCCUCUUCUAAAUAAAGUUGGUGUAAACAACACGGUUACAACCACAGCCGGAAAUGUCAUUUCUGUCAUAGGAAGUACUGAAACAACGGGGAAAAUUGUUCCAAGUUCAAAUGGAAUUUCAAGUGCAGAAAACAGUGCUUCCCAGCUGAUCCCACGUAGUACCGACAAUACGCUAAGAACUCUGGAAACUGUGAAGAAAGUGGGAAAGGUUGGCACCAAUGGUCAGAAUGCUGCGGGGCCCGCUGCAGAGUCUGUAACUGAAAAUAAAAUUGGUUCUCCACCCAAGACUCCUGUAAGUCAUGUGGCUGCUACCUCAGCUGGGCCCUCUAAUGUUGGAACAGAACUGAGUUCCGUGCCCCCCAAAUCCAGUGCAUUUCUAACGAGAGUACCAGUGUAUCCUCAGCAUUCUGAAAACAUUCAGUAUUUUCAAGAUCCAAGAACUCAGAUUCCCUUUGAAGUCCCACAGUACCCACAGACAGGAUACUACCCACCACCUCCAACGGUACCAGCUGGUGUGGCUCCCUGUGUUCCUCGCUUUGUGAGGUCCAAUAAUGUUCCAGAAUCCUCCCUCCCACCUGCUUCCAUGCCAUAUGCUGAUCAUUACAGUACAUUUUCCCCUCGAGAUCGAAUGAAUUCUUCUCCUUACCAACCUCCUCCUCCGCAGCCGUAUGGACCAGUUCCUCCAGUACCUUCUGGAAUGUAUGCUCCUGUAUAUGACAGCAGGCGCAUCUGGCGCCCACCUAUGUACCAACGAGAUGACAUUAUCAGAAGCAAUUCUUUACCUCCGAUGGAUGUGAUGCACUCAUCUGUCUAUCAGACAUCUUUGCGAGAAAGAUAUAACUCAUUGGAUAGCUAUUACUCAGUGGCUUGUCAGCCACCAAGUGAGCCGAGGACAACUGUGCCUUUACCAAGGGAACCUUGUGGUCAUUUGAAGACUAGUUGCGAAGAGCAGAUCAGAAGAAAGCCAGAUCAGUGGGCACAGUACCACACUCAGAAAGCUCCUGUCUCUUCAACUCUUCCUGUGGCAACACAGUCUCCAACACCACCUUCUCCUCUAUUCAGUGUAGACUUUCGCACGGAUUUCUCUGAGAGUGUGAGUGGUACAAAAUUUGAAGACGAUCAUCUUUCCCAUUAUUCUCCCUGGUCUUGUGGCACCAUAGGCUCCUGUAUAAAUGCUAUUGAUUCAGAACCCAAAGAUGUCAUUGCUAAUUCAAAUGCUGUGUUAAUGGACCUGGACAGUGGGGAUGUUAAGAGGAGAGUACAUUUAUUUGAAACUCAGAGAAGGACAAAAGAAGAAGACCCAAUAAUUCCUUUUAGUGAUGGACCCAUUAUUUCAAAAUGGGGUGCAAUUUCCAGAUCCUCCCGUACAGGUUACCAUACCACAGAUCCUGUCCAGGCUACUGCUUCCCAAGGAAGUGCAACUAAGCCCAUCAGUGUAUCAGAUUAUGUCCCUUACGUCAAUGCUGUUGAUUCAAGGUGGAGUUCGUGCAGCAGUGAGACCACGUCGUCAGUGCACCAUGUUGAACGGGACAGAUUCAUUGUUGCUGAUUUAUCUAGUCACAGAAAGCAUUCCAGCACUGGAGACCUCCUGAGCCUGGAACUUCAGCAGGCCAAGAGUAAUUCAUUACUUCUUCAGAGGGAGGCUAAUGCUCUGGCCAUGCAACAGAAGUGGAACUCCCUGGAUGAAGGCCGUCACCUUACAUUAAACCUUCUAAGCAAGGAAAUUGAACUGAGAAAUGGAGAGGUUCAGAGUGAUUAUACCGAGGACACAACAGAUACUAAACCCGACAGGGAUAUUGAACUAGAGCUUUCAGCACUUGACACUGAUGAACCAGAUGGACAGAGUGAACAAAUUGAAGAGAUCUUGGACAUGCAACUUGGUAUUAGUUCUCAGAAUGAUCAGUUGUUGAAUGGAACAGCAGUGGAAAACGGACAUCCAGCACAACAGCACCAGAAGGAGUCCCUGAAGCAGAAGAGACAGAGUUUAGGUGAAGACCCUGUGAUUCUGGAGGAGCAAAAAACAAUUCUGCCAGUAACGUCUUGCUUUAGCCAGCCACUCCCAGUGUCCGUCAGCAGUGCAGGCUGCCUGCCCAGCACCACAUCCGUCAGUGUGGGUAAUCUCAUUCUGAAAACUCAUGUGAUGUCUGAAGAUACAGCCGACUUUUUAAAACCUGUUGCAAAUGGGAAGAUGGUUAACAGCUGAGAGGAAGUUCAUCUUUUAAAUCUGUGACCACAUCAUGGAAGCAUUUACACUAGCUUUUUAUAUAUAUAAUAUAUAUUAUAUAAUGUAUAUUUUUUUUAAAAAAAAGAUAUUACUGGGGGCAUCCAUUUCCUGUGGACUCUUUGAUACUUCGAGCCCUCUUGCAUUAGCAUUAUGGAAAAAAAAAAAAAGAAAAUUUACUUUGCUAGGGUAACACGUUCACUUUCCAGAAAUGAUUGGAAUUUGGACAACAUUUAACUUAAGCUUCAAGCAGCUUUUUAUGAGUUUGUAGCAAUCCGGUGCAGUAACUGAGCCAUUUCCUAUUUUAAAUGGCUUCUAUAGAAAAUUAACAACUCAGUUAUUAAACUAGCAGGAUCCUACAAUGAUACAUCUAGUGAAAGUAGACUUAAUUAACUUAUUUAUUUCUAUUUUAUGUUUCACUGAGAAAUUUCCAUCUCAUUCCAGCUGCUUUAUUUAUCUUUUUCAUGGGACUUUGCAUGGAUUUUUUUUUUCAUUUUUUAUUUGAAGAGUGGAGUUAGGCAUUCUUACCAUAGAAUUUUACAGGGUUAUAUACUAGCUUUCUUUACUGCAUUGUAUGUAGGAGUGUGGUGCAGUGCUUUUAUCUGUAGCAUUGGAAUUUUUUUUUAAUUUUCCAUUUUUCAAGAAUAGUUUCUGCUUUGUUGAUAUUUAUACGCAGGCUACUUGUUGAAGUAAUUAAUUAAAAAUAUAACCAAGUGCCUAAGUCUUUCAGCUGAUGUACUAGAUAUUAAAUUCUCCUAAGUUAUGCAGAAUCGUUUUUACAAUUUUGAUAAAUUAUGCACUAAUGUAAUGGCAGAUUUUUAAAAUGCAGAUUUAAGCCUGUACAUUAUUGAAUCUGAUGACUUGGCAAAAGAAUCCGGUGCUUUGAGCUCUCUUGAGAAAACCCUGUCUGUAGCGUUUGCACUGACUAAUGAGAUGGGAUUGCUGGGUUUUUAAGUUAAACUAAUUAAUUUGGGUGUUCAUUGCAUUAUCUUGGUUAAAUAUUUUUUAGUGCUACUUCAUGUUGGGGUUUAAUUUUUCCUUUUUUUUUUUUUUUUUUUUUGCUAUUAGGUUGAUAAGACUAUGAACCAUGUAAUAGUAGAACAUUGGCUAGCAUUUAUUCAUACUAAACAUGAAUAAUUUCUGCCUUGCUAAAAUGUGACUGAAGUAGUUUUGACUUGACAGCGGAAAGUAUGCAGGAUAUUUAGCGAGCCAUUCCUCAGAUUUGUGGGAGAUAUUUUAUUGAAAUCUAAAUUUCAGUCAGCAUUUGAAACAAAACGCUGGGCAUUCCUUCCUGGUGAUCUUCCCUAUAGUUUGUCUUUUGUUUUUCCUCCAUUUCUUUCAGAUUAGUUUGACUUUUAUUAUUAUUUUUAAUUAACUUCUGUGAAGUUGUUUACUCUGAGAAUUGUACUGGAAUAUUUUAAGCCAAGCUGAUCUUUCACCAGGUGUACUGUAUGUAAGGGCUUUUCCUGCUAGCAAGAUGCUUAAACAGGAUCAUGUUAUUGGUCGUCUGAGCUAUUUAGUUGUUUUACAAAACCACAGCAUUGUAUCAGAUAAGAUUUUGAUAAACAGUUUUGUGCACAUUUCCAGGGGUGGGAGGGUUGACAUUUCCCUGAAAUUUCUUGAUCUGAAUGAGUAAAUACUGGUGUUUGAUACCUGUCUUAAUGAACAUGCUCAUAAGGUGACUGAUACGUUGUAAAUAUACCUGAGAAACAAAAGGGUAGUUUUGAUAUUCUGGUGUCAGUAUGGAAGAUCUUACACGUCUAUUUAAUACACAUACGGAGAUGUCUGUCUGCAGUGUAACAGCACAGUAGCCUUGACUUAGUUCUCCUUGGUUAGUACUGUACCGUUUUGCCAUGGCCAGUGCUCCUCAACCCUACAAAAAUAUUUUAUUUAUUUCACUCUGUAACCUGAGAUAAAUAAGAACAAGAGUUUUAAACCAUGUUACAUUAACUUAUUUCUGACAUUAUAAAUUAGAUAGGAUAUUACAGGAACAUGAUUGUUAUAUAAUUUAUAUCUGAACCUUUCUAUAAAUAUGUGCUUAUUACAUUUGAAAUGCUUCCAAUGUACUUUAUUUGCUGUUUGUAAUUCCCAAAAGGAUAUGCAAACCAGUCUGUCUAUUUCAUGGAUAUUUAAUAGUGAGAUCUUCCAUGUUGAAGGUAAUGUAUUUUUUUUUAAGAUUUUAAAAUUGCUAUUUUGUUACAAAAUAGAGACCUAUUAACAGUUUGAGAGCUCCUUAUGUGCCCUCAGGGAAAGAACCCUCUGUGCGACAGAACUACACCAAACAUCUUCAGCACGGGCUGAGGGUGGAUAUAUACUACAUAAAUUGAUCUUGUGUAUUUAACCUUACUUUUUAAUUUUAAAAUUGAAAUUUUGAAACUUGGUUGUGCUCUGCUGGAGGGGGUUGGGAUAAACGGCUUAGGUGUUUGCCUACUUGUCCAGUGAAAUUACAUUUGCAUCAGUGUACGUAUAAUACCUGCCAGCCUUAUUAGUAUGUCUCAAAACAUUAAUAUUAAAAUAGUGCUUGUCUUGCAGCAGGUGAUCCCAUAAAAUAACUCCUUGUUCUUACAACCUUACUCUCUUCCUCACUGACAACACAGGAAUUGAUUCUGUGCCGCAUCUCCAGAUAGACACCUUCUCUGUCACGGCGGGAAUGUGUAGUGAAAUCGUUGGUUUCCAGCCGCUUUAUCAGAGUGGUGGCCGCUGAGGUUAUAGAGGAAAAUGGUCUAGGUCACACUGAGGGCAUGCUUUUUUUAAAUGGAGAACGUUUUCUCUCCUCUGGCACCUUUCCUCAACACGUUGUGAUGCACACGUUUGGAAUCAAAGGCUGCAAAGCCACAAGGGAGAAAUCAGUGAUGCUGCUAAUCCAGUGUGCUGCCUGCGGCCUCAGCAGGGGGAAGGCUGGAGUCUGGAAAGCAGGGAAGUGGUCAUUUUUUUCCUUCUUUUGUUUUUGCUUUCCAAAUUCCAUUUCCCCUUCUUAUGUCCAUGUGCCUCAUUCAUGUACUGUGGAUGAAGUAUCAGUAGUCCCCUUUCUGGGCUCAGUUCAUGGUUUCUGGCAGUGUUGCGUCUGUUUGUUCCAGUUGCUGUCUGCACAAAUCAUACUCCUUAGCCUUUGCUGCCGGGGCUUAGUUUUAGUGCCAUGGGAUAAACCAGUGACUCAUGAACGUUGUGCAGUCUACUUUUCAUGAGAAGGUAGUUCAUUAGGCCUGUAGAGCUGUUCUUUCUCUCUCUCUCUCUCACUCACUCACUCUUUGUCCUUCUCUCUCUCCCUAUCUCUUACUAGCUAUUCAGUGUAGUAAGAGAAUAAAGGAACUCUCCCAUACUAGAGCUGAGAUUUUCCAUCGUGUGGCCCCACUCACUCACUCUCAGAUGUCCUGCUGAUACUAAGUAUGUGAAGUCCACUGCAAUUUUAUAUGCUGCCUUGAAAAAUUCCAGAUGCAAAACAAUUUGUAGGAAUUUAAGAUCAGAUCAUUUAACAUUUAGUUAGCUUUUGCAUUUUAAAUGAUAAAGCCUGUAUCAUCUCGUUAAAAGGGGUGGAAUUUGUAAAAAUCAGAUUUCAGCAUCUGAGUUCACCUUUGAAUUCUGAGUAUUCCUUCACUAUCAGAGUCACUCUGCUGACUGCCACCAACAAUGGUAACCAGCUACUAAAAGGAUAAGGCGUAUUGCGACUUUGAUUUCAUUUCCUAGAAGAACUUUCCUUGUGCUUUAGUGAAUGAAGAGUGUUGAUGGGAUCACUUCCUGUAAUUCCUUCUCCGUAAGGACCCCUCUGCAAGCAGAACACAAGCGAACAUGCUCAAAGAGUAUCCCGUUUUCUGGAUAAAUUGAUUCCUUACACUAGCGGUUUCUUUGUAUCUCUUUGCUGGCAAGGGGAUACAAGGAGUCAAUGCCACAGAUGAAAACACCCCACAUUCAAGUGGAGGCUUAUUUUUACUCCAAGAGCAUUUAAUCCCCCAAAGUCCAAAAUUGGCAGUCGUUUUUUUUUUUUUCUUUUUUUGAAAAUAAAUGAAAAAAAAAAAUCCCCGGACCAGUGAAACAGACACUGGCUGCACUUAAUACUGCCAAAAGCCAAGGUCAUUUGCACAUAUUCCAUCCACCUGUCAGGAAUUAGGCCUCACUUUAUAACCCAAGGCAUGGGAGUGCAUGCAUCCUCUUAGCUGGGCAAACAAUUAUACUGUAGUUGUGAUACAACACAUGUGGCUUUUAUUUGUACUGCACAUAUCCACUGUACAGCCACUUGGGAGUAUCGUGGUUAGCUUGCAGCAACUGCUGUCUGCAUCUAUACUGUUUAUUGCAUAUUCUUUUCCCUGGAAGUGAAAGAAAAAUGUUUUUCUUGUUGCAUUGACUACAUUUUAUAAAUUUGCUUAGCUGGAAAGUUUGGGAAAAGAGGCCUGUUUGUCAAUUGUACAACCGAUUGUGAAGCUCUGGUGUGAAUAUUUUUACGUCUGUAUUAGACAUUUUCUUUGCAAAUCUAUUGUUCGAUUGAAAUGUAAAUGAAAUUAAAGAUGGUGUACACCCAUCAUGUAAAAAGCAGGCACCAUCUCUAAGAUGGAUUUAAUGCUCAUUUUUAAGGCAUAUACUCAGCUUCUAUUUAAAACUAUAAUUUAAAAUAAUUCUGUACAAUGAAAUGGGGAAUAUAUAUGGGAAUAAAUUCUAUUCCAUUUAUUUCAAUUUGAAUUUCCAAAUUGUAAUGUUUCCCUUUGUGCUAUAGGAGUAGGAUUAAAAUGGGGGAAGGCUGGGACUCAUAAGGCCUAUAUAUGGGGGGAGGGCAGAGACGGAACAAUGAGGGUUGUGAUGAUAGUGAAUAGCAAAGAGUGAUUCUGUGUGUUGUUGCUGUAGCACUGAAGUGAAGAGAUGUUAGCUUUGGCUGUUCACAAAAUAGAGCAUCAUGAUUUUCAGUGUUUGAGAGAAAAUUGAUGGAAAAAGUUUGCAGUACUUGACAUGUAUUUGCAUGCACAAAAUAAAAUUAUUUGUCCACCUUGAAA